UCCAGACUUAACUUUAUUCUUCUCAGUUUCAAAUCCUCUCGCUUAAAUUUUUCUUUAUGUAUUUAUAAAAAAAAAUAGGUACAUUACUUUGCUUUAAAUAUUAUAAUUAUUUUUAUUUGACAAACUUGAAUACUUUCAGUGCCCCAGAUAUGAUGGGACGAAAAGGAGGCAACCCAAAUCGUACUGUCAAGCUUCUUUCUGCUACAGUGGUGGAGGGUCGACGGCUCCUACUUUCUACAAAGUGAUGACGGCAGACGCCGGGCUGAUGUUCUGGAAUGUUCCAGCCGUCUGCUGGCCAACCGGAAUGUCCUGGACCCCCCUGUCAUCGGCGUCGGUCGACUCUCCUGUUACAGGCACUGCCUGGCGUCACCCGACUGCGACGCUGCCGUGUUUCUGGAACUUUCUGACGGCUCGACGUCUUGCACCAAACUGUCGGAGGUGUCGUCUGGUGGAUCUCUGGAUGGAUUUCAGCAGACGGCGGUAGACGUCAGCAAGGCCAGACAAUGCGAGUUGAUCCUGGUCAACCCUUGCCUGAACAACGGGAAACGACUGGACGGUAUCUGCGUGUGUGAUGCCGCUUAUACAGGAGAACUGUGCGAGCUGAUCAAUCCGAGCUACUGCAACGCGGCCUGGACAAGCGUGUACUCCAUCAUCAUGGGCAUCAGCGGCACUGCACCGACAGAAACCAUCACGAAAGUCCUACCCGGGCAAGAUAUGUUCCGCGCUAAGAUGAAAUUUCGGGACACCAAACUGGGGGUGGACCGAGUCAUCACGUCAGCCAUGUUACGUAUGAACGCGAGCGGGAUUGUGGCGGGGGCCUCGCGGGAGACCCUGGAGAAAGACUCGUGGAGAACCAUCUCCAGCACAGCCAGACGGCAGUUCGUGUACCUCAACGGGGACGGGACUUUCGAGGUUUUGAAUUUAAAUUUGAACGGGUUGCAGUAUCAGAUCGCGCCGUUCACCGGAAGUUUAGAAGUCAUGGCUAAAGAGCCCUCGUAUCAGAAAAAACUGGCAGGGUCUGUUGCUAGUUAUGACCAGAUGAAGCAGGAUUUAGAAGACGGUUGCGAUAUCUUUGAGCAGACGACAGUCUCUGUUUACAAUAAGCCGUUGAUUACUUUAGAAUUGACGCAUAGGUAUCUACUUUCCGACAACCUCGGAAAACUCCUCACACCACCUGCGAUGGGGAAUUUUAAAUUUUUCCUGGGCGACACCUACGAUCGCGCGGCGGCGGUGAUGGGGAAAGGGUACAUUAACACUGUCAACACGUACCCGGCGGUUCCCGAAUACGACGUCAACAUCUGCUGGAUACCGGUUAACAGUACAGGUCAGAGGUCAAUUCAGAAACUCGGCGCUUACCUGAGACGUGGGCAUGAAGUCCGAGUCUACCUUAACGAGACCUUCUACAAGGUUCUGGAAGUUACAGAAACCCUGCAGGAGUUUACCUUCAUCUUAGCACCCAAGAUGUCCAAGAAUGGAACUGAGCGGCUGGAUUUGUCUACGUAUGGUGUGAAGUCGCUGGUCACUUCCGGCGGGUACAGCCAAACGUGUACCCACGUGAUGGAGGGGGAGACGAUCAAGAACACGACGGACGGGGUGUCGAGUAAUGUCCGGUGGUACAUCGACACGAGGGUGUGGUCACCUGUCUACUCGGUGUAUUCAAACGCCAGCGUUGCGUUCGGGUCUGUCCAAGUUUUGAUCCAGGGGAUUAGGUCAGGACAGGAUGUGAGAGUGCGGAUACAGUGGAUACUGGACGGGAUGUCCCGUUUCAUGGAUACACAGUCCAGCUCCAUAACGGAUGAUGGCAAGGUGAGCAGCGAGUCCGUGGUCACGUGGGCCACCACCUUCACCACCGCCUCCAGCACACGACUCAGCCCUGCCUGUGGCUACGAGUACGUCCUGGUCACAUCUGAGGGCUACGUGGAGGUCGCGACUUUCAACAUCGUGACCCCCGUCAAGAAAACGGUUCAGGACAAUGUCAAGGUCACGUGGUUCUUGAACUGAUGAAAGCUGACCGGUUCCAGCGGAUUGACCUGGCCGUCUGAGAGGCGGCUGUCGACGUGUUGAUAUCUGGGGAUGAGGUGUUUUGGCAUUAUCAAACUCGGCUGUUUUGUCUAGGUGUAGCUAAA